AUAGUGUUAAAAUUAUCACAAUGCACGAUAUCUUCUAAAAUACUAUGAAAAUUUAGUAACGUUUCACCACGAAAUAGCCAUUUCGAAAUUACGUGAAAUAUGAGCCGUUGUCAUGGUAAUGACUUCUGUCGAACCAUUUUAAUGGUGCUUUAAUCAGUAAGUGAAGGCAGCUUUUAUACUUUUUAUCUAAUACAUGGUUCACCCAAACAAUGACCGAAUCAGCGUUUGAAAAUUCUCCCAGUGGCACAGGUAAGCUUACAUUAUUUAAUGUGAGAACUGGAGGAUUUAGUAGACCUUAGUCUAAGCAUUAGUAGGGCUCAGGACUCUGUUUGUUUAUAAAUUAUCACAAAUGUCUAACAAAGCGUCGUAGCAAACAUUAUGUUAACAGUAGAUUAACUUAGUCUACAGACAGAAGUAGCUGCUUGUUCGUAUCAAUACCUGCUGACAAAUACGUGCGACUGUGUUGCACUCUUCUGCCAAAUGCUUUAAAUUUUUAAUGGCCGAAAUCUUUAAUUAUACUAAUCAGUAAUAUGUGUUAUUACUGUUAUACAUAUACAGUAUAUAAUGCAUCACUUCGGUUUUACAGCUAUCAAAGAGCCCAGAUUUGCCAGGGCAUUUAAAGUAUAUACUUGAGCAAAUAAACUGUGAAUCUUAGGAAAGUUGUAAUCAUGCAAUCUUUCAAUGAUGUUCGUAUCACAGUAGUUGUGAUUAGAUAAGUAGCGUUGCUUAGUAGCCUACCAAGUCCAAGUAAGUCCAAGUCGUAUAUAUGUUUACGCACAUGAGAUGAACGCACUCGCCGCACUUGUAGACAAGAGUCAGGUACAAGUUAGUUGGAUAUCAAUGGAUUUAAUACUGAAGCAAGUUCCGCCAACACCAGUAACAUCACAAAAUAACAGAGCUGCAUACAGUAUGUUGAAGUAACACAUGUAUUUCAAGUAUUACUUAAUUUAAGUUGAGGGAAGAGUCCGGAAGAUUUUACUAGUUUCUAGCUCAUUCGUCUGACACUCAGGCUACUAGUUUCGGGCUGAAACGAUUUUCUAAGAAAUGUUUUGUAGGCUGAAGUCCUGAACUGGGUGAAUUUGCACGAUUUUGCCUUUCUACUUCACACAGGACGCGUGAAAUUGUUUAACCGAAUUCAUAUUCGAUACGGGAAACUCGUCUACGAUAUCCCGUCAGAAUAUAAAUUUGUGGAAAGAAAUCCGUCUGAAAUUUUAUAUAUAUACUGUAGAUUUUUAUAUAAUACCUUAUUGAAUUCUGAUCGUUUAAUGGUCACGUGAUAUUGAAUAGAAAAUUCCAUUUCCCAAGAGUGCAAUAGAAUACGUUCCAUUGCACUCUUGCGAGUGCAAUAGACCUUUCCCCUUUUAAGUGAGAUUUUGAUCUAGACUAGUCUGGAUUUCUAGUCAGCUUGAAAGAGCAUCGCAAAAUUAGUAAUAUUCCGAAGUUUCGUUGCAAAAUGUUGUAAAAUGCGGAUAAUAUAGCCUUGCGAAGUUUGCCGUUUUUCAGUCAUUUUGAUUACAAAGGAGAAAAUUAAUAAUCAGAUGAUAAAACUGAUUAUCAAUUUCCCGUUUGUAAUGCAAAAUGACUGAAAAACGGCAAACUUCGCAAGGCUAUAUUGGCCGCAUUUUACAACAUUUCGCAACGAAACUUCGGAAUAUUACUAAUUUUGUGAUACUCUUUCAAGCUGUAAUGAAAUUUUUGUCUAAUUUUUGUCUUGUAGUUUUUAAAAUUUCUUGACUCAACAAAUUUGGGAUCAUUUUUUACAAACGAAAUUUUUCUACAAACGUAGAUCAAGCUAUGGUCACUUAUUCCAACAUGCAAUACUCCUGAGUGCGAAAUCUUUUCAGGAUUGUUUACAAGAGCGACAUCCAAAAGAGAAGCUGUUUUUUCGGUAAUUCGUGUAGGCUGGUCAAUCAACUGUGUCAGCUGGAAUAUAUUAACUAUAUCAUUAAAACGCUUAGUGUGAUUGCUUAAAUUGUUGGAUAAAAAAUCACAAUUUAAAUCGCCAACGAUAAUUAGUUCUUUAUGAGUUCGUUGUCAAGGUUUUGAAAUCAGUAAUACUUCAAUUUUAUCAAGGAAUUCAAUUUGCGAAUUCGGUGGCCUAUAUGCAGAUGCAACUAAGACAGGUUUAGAUUUAGGCUUAAUAAUUUCGAGGCAAACAGCCUCGACGUCCUCUGGGACUAAAUCAUCUCUAUCAAUUACGUUCAAAAUACUGCGAUGGUAAAUUGCAACACCGCCUCCUUGCCGAUUACGAUUUUUGGCAACCAUAUCGUAACCGGGUAUACUAACAGUAUCUGUACUAAUUGUUUCAUCCAAACGAGUUUCGUUAAUGCUCAAAACAUCGAGUGGCUCUUUUUCCAAGUAUAUUUUUAAUUCAUCAACAUGCUUGACUAACGAAGCGAUGUUUAAAUGCCCAACUCUAAAUCCUUUCAAAGAUUGUAAAAAUGUAAUGCUAUUUUCACACUUUGUUUGUGGAAUAAUCUUCUCAAUGGAGCAACUUGGCUCUUUUGGUUCGGUAUCGGAAAUUUUGCUGUAAAGAGUUGGAUGGAACAUUCCAUCUUUCACCUUGUAUAAUAUAUUAUUUUUAUAUGUUUAUCUCGAUAAUUCUAUUUCCAGUUUUCCCUUGCUUGGCAACACUUUAAUGCUUUAUACGUCUCAUUUAUGUAUCCGACUGAAUGCGUUCCACGUCUAGACGAGAUUCCCUAAAACUUGUGUUUGUUUGGACGGACUGCACGCCGCGUCGCCCGCCGCACACGAGUGCACUUGUCGCGCGUACUUGUUAUUCGUGACAAGUUGGAUCGACAAAAUUUCCUCAUGUGCGGGCAACAUUUACGGCAUUUUCGUCAUUCGUGACAUGUAAACCAAAUAUCAAACAUGUUUGAUAUUUUUCGACAUUCGUGACAAAAAAAAUUUUGUGUGCGGCGAGCAAACGACAAGCGCGCCUGAAUAGGAAAAUUUGCGCAUGCGUUCAACUCGCGGAAUUAAAAACAAGACCCGAGCUCGUGAUUUUGAUCCGCCAUGUUGUUUUUAAUUCUGCAAGUUGCACGCAUGCGCAAAUUUUCCUAUUCAGGCGCGCUUGUCGUUUGCUCGCCGCACACGAGAAUUUUUUUGUCACGAAUGACGAAAAAUAUCAAACAUGUUUGAUAUUUGGUUUACAUGUCACGAAUGACGAAAAUGUCGUAAAUGUUGCCCGCACACGAGGAAAUUUUGUCGAUCCAACUUGUCAUGAAUAACAAGUACGCGCGACAAGUGCGCUCGUGUGCGGCGGGCUUAAAGGCUAAUUUCCACUCAGGAAAAUUAUCCGUGGAUUGGAAAGGACAAAAAAAUGUUUCUUUGUGUUAAAGUCAUUAGUUCCAACCCAGAGCUCACAAGACAAAGAAAACUUUUUUUUGUCCGUUCCAAUCCACGGAUAAUUUUCCUGAGUGGAAGUUAGCCUUAACCGUCAAACCAUCUAUUUGGACGGAAAAGUUAGAUGAAACGGUUGAGACGGAAAACUCGUCUGUUGCCAGGUUUACAUUAGACAAGUUUCCCGUCUUAGACAUGCGCGCGCGAGUUUCCCGUCUUAGACAAGUUUCCCGUCUUAGACAAGUUUCCCGUCUUAGACAAGUUUCCCGUCUUAUAGACAAGUUUCCCGUCUUAGAUAAGUUUCCCGUCUUAGACAAGUUUCCCGUCUUAGACAAGUUUCCCGUCUUAAACAAGUUUCUCGUCUUAGAUAAGUUUCCCGUCUUAGACAAGUUUCCCGUCUUAGACAAGUUUCCCGUAAUCUAGUACGCGGACGUGACAAAAACACACUCUAAAUUCGCAGUGUCAGCAACAUGGGUAAAAAAUAUGGAUUGUUUUUGUCAACAAGGAAGGAUACAGGUGAAAAACAAAUUUAAACUGGUGACAAAUCCAAAGGAAAAGCGUAAGUAACUGUCUUUUUGUCACGUCCGCGUACUAGAUUUAGUUCAUCUUAAGUUCGCUAAUAAUUUCCCGUCUAGGACGAGCUUCCUGUCUGAAUCUGAAAUUCGGCUACUAAAUCAUAUAGGCGAAUUCCAAUGUGAACAUGACUGGAUGAUUUUCCGUAGGAUUCCGGAUUCGUCCUGUGACUAGUCUCUCGUAAAUGUAAUCGCAAUUUAAACAUGUAUGUGAUCCCAUCAGUAUAGUAAUAGGUAUGAGAUAUUUAAUGACAAUAUAUGGCUAUACUGCGCACUGAGCAACGACAGUGCUGGCUUGUGUCGUUUCGUUGUAAAACGAGUAAAGCGGUUAUCUUGUACUUCUUGUGGUUUAAUCCGGGCUCGUGUUAGCUGGUGUAUAUGUAAUAUUCCACCUCUAUUUAUGUAAAUGUAUAAAAUUCACACUUGAAAUUUCCAUCUACAAAAACCCUUCAACAAUUAGUUCUAUAUCGAGUGAGAUAGUUCUAUAUCGAGUGAGAUGCCCCAAAUCUGCGUAUUUGCGGAAUAAUGCGUGUAUAAGGGGAAACAAGAUAAACGGAAGAAAGAUGAUUUUGAGAAAUCGCGGGAUACGACAUGAGAAAAAUAUAUUACUGGGAUAUACAUCAGAUGGGAUUUGAGAACGACAUGCAGCAGGCAUUUGCUGUUACAUUGCUUUCUGGGGCCGGUUGUAUAAAAAAGUGAUUAAAGUUAACUAUAAUUAAGUGCAAACGUCAUCCAAUAAGAAGCGCGUAUUUGAGAGUUAAUCACUAUUUAACUACAAAAUAUUGAUUAAAAAAGUGAUUAAGAGUUUUAUACAACCUGCCCCAGGUGAUUCACAGCCUUUCAGAACCGCGUUCUACUCCUUCACACAUUUGAGUCUACAGUUAGUAUAGAAACUACAGAAAACUUGGCGUAAUGUUCUCCGUUCACAAGGGAAUCAGGAGAGAACAACUGUCCUGUUGACAAAAACGCUGAAACAAUAUGAAAACGCUAUGCAGUGCAUGCAUGGGAAGGUAGCCACAGAUAGGUCAUGCAUCGCGCAAAAUGAUGAUAUUUCUACAUCAGCCAUGUAGGUCCAUGCAGUAGCCAGACUAGCCUAUUGCGGCACUAAUAUUAAUCUACAUCUACAUCUAUCUACAUCUAUAUUUAUUAAGUCGGUAAAAUCCUUUCGAAUAUCACACCAACUAUUUAUAACUAUACCUAUUCUAAAAAUCUAUAUUUACAACAAUAUUUACUAUUAUUAAAAAGUUAUUAAAAAGAAUUGCUUAAAUUGUUUCUAAACUGGAGGAGGUCCUCUGAGCUCACAAUUUCUUCGGGAAGUAAAUUCCAUUCCCUAAUCGUGCGAGGAAAAAAGGAAAAUUUAAAAACAUCUUUGGUAGUUUUUGGGACUCUAUAUUUAUAGCUAUGACUGCCACGAGUCCUGGUCUCAUUAUUUACCAGCAAGUAAUUAUUUGUUUCAACGUCUACAAGAUUCCGAGAGAGUUUGUACAACGAUGUCAAUCUAGCUUUCUUUCUUCUAACUUCUAAACUUUCCCAAUUUAGAUCUUCAAUCAUAUCAGUGACACUUGACAUAGGAUUGUAGUUCUUGGAACAGAAACGCGCUGCUUUUCUCUGCACUCUUUCCAAAGCCACUUUGUCCUUGUUAGUGUAAGGAUCACAGGCUGUUGAUGCAUAUUCUAGCUUGGGUCGUACAAUGGAUUUGUAUGCUGUUUCUCUCACUUUCGUGGGGCAAUUCCACAGAUUACGUCGCAUCACACCAAGAACUUUCGUUGCUUUACUUGCCACCGAAGAGACAUGGUGAUUCCAUUUUAAUUUACUAGUGAAAGUAAUGCCCAAGUAAGAUAUUUCUUCCACUUGAUCUAGCUCUACUCCACAAAACAAAUACCGCUUUUGGGGAGGAUGCUUUUUAUUGGAAAUGCAUAAGAUUUUGCAUUUUGAGGGGUUGAAUUCCAUCUGCCAUAGAUUUUGCCACUGUUCUAGCUUAUGUAGAUCAUCCUGUAGGCGGUCACAAUCUGAAUCACUCGUAAUGACACCAUAUAAUAAGGCAUCAUCAGCAAAAAGUUUCACAGUUGACUGCAAGUUGUCCGACAAGUCAUUAAUGUACAAUAAAAAUAGGAGCGGGCCAAGCACUGUCCCUUGGGGAACUCCUGACGUCACAAGUAGGGGGGUAGAUGUUUUGCCUUCACAGACAACAGACUGAUAACGUUGUGAAAGAAAAGACUCGAACCAAUCAAGUAACUCUCCAGAAAUUCCAUAAUAAUACAGUUUCCUCAAAAGUCGUUGAUGGGGUACCUUGUCAAAAGCUUUCGAAAAGUCCAAGACUGCAACAUGUGUUGACUCACCACGUUGAAUUGUAUUCGCCAGAUCAUGUAUAGUUACAAUAAGUUGGGUUUCGGUUGAUUUUUUUGCCCUAAAUCCAUGUUGGCAGUCCGUUAGCACGUUGUUUUGUUGCAAGUAUUUCAUAACAUGACUGUGAAUUAUAUGUUCCAAUAUCUUAGAGGCAAUACAAGUCAGAGAAAUAGGUCUAUAAUUAACCGGAUCUGAUUUUUUCCCUGUUUUGAAGAUCCCACAUAUAUUUGCAUUUUUCCACUUAGAAGGCACGAUUCCUGUGUCUAUGGAGCAUUGAUAAAUAUUAGUUAACUUGGGUGAAAUGUCUUGGGCAUAUUCUUUUAGGAACCAGGAUGGGAUAGAGUCAGGUCCACAAGCUUUGUUUGUUUUCAAUGACAGUAACUGCUUAGUGACACCGGAGAUGGAAAUACUGAUAGGUCUUAUUGCUGGUUUAGGAUUAUCACGUACUGCUGGUAUAUUUGCAAGAUUUUCGUCAGUGAAAACAGAAGAAAACUGCUUAUUAAGGAUUUCAGACUUAGUUUGUCCAUCACUAAUUAAUUUUCCAUCAAUUUCCAAAUCUGCUACUCCCAGGUUAUCCUGCUUUAGUUGCUUCACAUAAGACCAAAAACGCUUUGGGUUUUCUUCAAUCGCGUCGCCAAGGUACUCUGACACAUAGAUAUCUCUGGCAGUUUUCAAGUUCUGGUGUAACCUUUUCCUAGCAGCACGAAACUGGUGCCAAUGUGUUGGAUUUCCAGACUUCUUGGCUCUGUUGUAUAAUCUUUGUUUUGCUCUUCCUUCGCGUCUUAAUGUGCGAUUAAACCAAGGUAGGUUAUGCCGGGAGGUAGUCAUCUUAUGUGGGAUGUGGGUAUCCAUAAUGCGACGUACACUAUAUUCAAACUUAUCCCAUUUCCUGUCAACAAUUUCGUGUUUGGUAUUUUGUAUGAGAUCAUUAGAAAGUUCUUUCAGCUCUUCUUUUAUACGGAUACAAUUAGCUCGUUUUCUACAAUAGAUCUUACGUUUCACAUUCCGUUUCUUUUUGCAAGACGGUCGCACCCUGAAAAGUACCAUGUCGUGAUCACUUAUUCCAGGUAUAAUUGUUACAUUGCGCACAAGGUUUUUGUUGUUAGACAAUACAAGGUCUAAAAUAUUUUGUAUUUCCCCUUGUCGUCUUGUGGGUUCUUGGACUAGUUGGGUUAAAUCAUGUUCGUCUAUUAUUUCGAGUAAUCUUUCGGAUGUCUUGCAUGUACUGGAAGUUUCGGGAUUUUGCCAAUAAUCUCUCUAGCUAUAGUUUGCCUUGAUAGCCCGUCUUGUUUCUAUUUAUUAAUCUUUGUCAGCACAAACGUGCACACAAACAUGACAUUAUCUGAUGAAAAUAAUUGACGGUGAAUAUCUCCUCCCCCUAGUGAUAAUAUGUGACAGUAAGUUGUCACUCCCCCACCUCCCAUCGACUUUCAACCAAAACUUCCUUUCCCCACAAAAUAAGUAACCAGUAUUCAGAGAGUGUGUCCUUGAGCAAAUCCAAUCUUCCUCUAGUACUGUCAAUCCCUUUGAAGUUUCACAUAUUUGCCAUUUAGGUGCUUGUUCAUCCAAACUAUUGAUCAGAGAUCCUUUUCCUAAGGCAGUGUAUAUAUGCAUGUAGAAACAUCAAGUCUUAUAAAAAAUUGGUUUUCACGAUUGAUAGAUUAUAGAAUAAUCCAAUUAGUUACUUGUAUAAGCAUUUUCUUGUUUAACUUUAGUCUCUCUGUCACAUGGAAAUGCAUGCGAUACCCCAUUUUGUGUGGCAAUAUGUGCCUUGGUCAAACACCUUGGUAAUCCCCCAAAGGGUUAGUAGCUUACAUCACUGAAUCUAACAACGAAUGGCGGGGUCACCACAACAGUAUAAACCAAUUACUGUGGGACCUGGUUAACAAAUAUGACAAACUAUAUAUAAAAUCGAAAUCUUUGAACAAUAAGGGCCAUGCUACACGAGGCAACCUCCGCUUGUGUGUUCAGUAAGACGAUCUGUGAUACGGAUGUGAGAUGAUGUAUCUCUAGUAGGAAUUGUGCAAUUGUAUUCGUGUAAUGUGUACAGCUCAAACGAGCGUAAAAUGUUAUGCUCAUGCGAUAUUUCAUGAUAUUUUACUCCAGCAUAUCCAAGAGAUCCUCCGAAGAACGACAUUGCAGUAUACAGAUCAGCUGCUACAGACAACUUAGCUGGACAACGCUAUAAUGUCAUGAGCCACCAUAGCAAAGCUUUUGAGACUGAUGCCGGGGUAAAGAAUGAUGUCAUCAGUGAGAACAAUAAAAUGGAUCAUCGUAAAACACAACACUUUACAAGAGGAAAGGUAGGGAAAAUUUCACCAAUGCCUGGUUCUCUUCUGCAUGCAUGGAUAGAAAAUUACAGAGGACGGGAAGAGAUUUUCUUGGGUGGUGAGCGGGAUUGCCUCAUUUCUUAUAAUUUUUGGCCUGGAAAUUUUAAUCUUCAAUGCAAAGCCGGGAACAGAAAUUUAACUUUAUAAUACUAAAAUGUCAGUAGGUUAAUUGUAACAUACAGAACCUGUAGUUAGCUUAUUACCAUCACUGAUCGAAUCCACUGUCUACCUAUUUUACAGAAUGCCACUGAAUUCGAUCUUCAUUAAAUUGAACCUGAAAUUUUAGUUCAAACGUUUACGUAGUAUCAGUUUUCCAUUGCGAAUUAACAGUCAAACAUUUUACCUGAAUUUUCUAAUUCUCGGAAAUAUUUUGUCCACAGAUUCCUGGAGGAUCAAAAACCAACACAAUGAUUUAUGGCGCAGAACAUUUUGCGAAAAAUUUAACGCAACGACGAAGAAAGGAAAACGAAGAUAACGGAUUUUUGUACGGAUCAAGUGCUGUGAGAAGAUUUGAAAAUAAAAAUCCCGGGAGGCGUCUUAAUCAUAAUUUGCUGCUGGGUGACCUCACGUAAGUCUUAUACUUAAACCUUAUUCACCCCUGCAGAACUGAAUUCUGUCGGUGAUUUCUCUCCUCCUGGCUAAUGUGAUCGAAUGCAUGACAUGCAAAAGACUUAGAAUUGUUUACUUCUAAAAAGCGACUCUGUACUUUUGUGUGCGCGUUCACUCAUUUGCAUCCGUCAGAAACACAAAAUCGCCGACAAAAUUGCUAGUGUGAACCAGGCUUUAGUUAUACGUAAAGCCGUUAGUUAUUAGGACGUUUUUGAUUGACGGUGUGGUGUGUCGUGCGUGGUAAUUUGAAUUACAUGGAAAUAAGAAAAGAUAUCUUGAGUACGUUGAGUACCUUCAAGGAACAUAGCUAAAGCCUAAACCUACAAGGAUUAUGUUCCUGCGAUAUAAUCUCAAACAGUCGGUUUCAGUGUAGGUAGCGACGAUAACAACUAACAAGACAGGCCGUCGCCAGUUCCAGCUGCGUUUAUAAUAAAUGACGUGGUACUCACUUGGAUUACAAACCCUAAGAACAGCAUUCAAAUAUUAAUACCACCAAGUGAAGUGCAAGAAACCAGAUCAUUCAAGUCCUCAGGCACAGCAUUUUCAGAUCUAUAUACAUAUUAAUUUGACAUAUUCCCUAUCAUAUAGAGAUGGACAACGAGUUCGGCAUCGUAAACUUGCUGUUGAAGAAGGUAUGCAUAGGUUACAAAUAUAAAAUCAUGACCCUUUUGGUCAAUUUUCCAGAAUUUUUGGUCUGACAUGGAAAGUGCCCUAAAAGUUAAAUUAAUUAAAGCAUAAUAAAGAAACUCAAAUAUAACCUCUUGUUUCAUGUAUUUUGUUCAGAUAACUAUUUAAGCAAACAUUACGAGCGAAGGACACAGCAACAGUCGCAAGUAGCAAAUGAGAAAAAGAAGGUAGAACAUUGUUUUGCUACAUUUUUUGAGUAAUUGUGGUUAGUUUAACCAUGGAUGAUAAAAUAAAUUUAUUUUAUUAUCCAUGGUUUAACUUAUGUAGUUCUAUAAGAGAUUUUGUUGUUUUUAUCAGGCAAUUAUCCAAACAAUUAAAGUAAUAUUAGUAAUUUUCGUUUACUUAAUUCUGAGAAAAAUAAACACAUUAAAAUCGGUGGGAAAAGGUGGCCGGUGGAUCAGUUGGGAUAGCAUGCGGAAAUUCAAUAGUCAUGCGCUUGAUGAUUUUAUGCCCAUUUGAGUGGUAAUUAAAAUGGACUGAUUCUUUCAAAUGACAAAUGCCGGUGAUUAUCUCUAAUUCCCUCUCAGUGGUAAAUGAGUAAUUCAGCGUCCUAAUACUAGCAGCAGCGCCCUAAUACUUUACAUCAAUACUGCUUAUAUACUGUGAAAGAAAAAGGGGCAUGCUGGUUUCCUCUGAGGGGUGUAUUUUUUGCAAACGUUUCAAGUUUUAAGGUAAUUUAUUGGUCGAUUUUGGGACUUCGACUAUAGACGUUUUUGAUUUUGCAUGAAAGUGGUUUUGCGAAGUUUAGAAUUAAUUGGAAGUUUGGAACAGCUACUGUAUAUGUUCACAUGUGAAAAGACUUGCGACAUUAGUUCAAAACAUGUGAAAUCAUGUUGUGGAAAAUUUUAAGGGUUGCAAGGGAUUGUGAGAUUUUUAGUCAUUUUCUAGAAGGGAUUUUUCAGUACUUUUGCAGAAUUUUUCAGAUUUUGAGAUUUUAGGGACUUUGCAAAUACUGGCAAAUUCCGGAAUUGUUUGAGUUUUUUUUUAUUUUUAUUUUUGGAGUAAUACACUGUCCGGUCCGUCCCUACUUUUCGUAACUAAAAUACUAACUUUCUUAAAAGGAUUUUGAAAUGCUGAAGAGUUACAACCCUUGGGGAAAACCUGGAGGCGGAGCUCCUAGAGUAAGUGUACCACUAUCUUGUACGUUAUUCCUAUUUAGCAAGUCGUACUCGUACGUACGAUGGAUUUGCAAGACUUACUAAAAUUGAUCUUGAAGAUAACUUGGAACGUUUUGGACACCCAUUGUAUUACAAUAUUAUAGUUGCAUUAUUCUAGUGCAUAUUAAAGAAGCAUCUUUCUAUAUCCAGGGUUAUAGGAACGAUGAAGUGGACGCUAACGUGACGAAACAUGUUCGAAAAUUGAAACAGGAAGUAAGUAUCUUGAUGUGUAAAAUAUUUUAAUAAAUAUUUUACGUUUUUAUGGUAAAAUUAAGUCUGAAAGUGAGAGAAGAGUGCUUUCAGUCCGAUUCUAUCAAACACUAAGGCUUUUCUCCGGGUACUCGUACUGUACAUUAAUAACCCAGUACUGUAGGAUCAGGGUGGAGUGGAAUACUGAAUAUUCAGAAUAUCGAAUAGUAGGUUUUAUUAAACUUGUUUGAAUAUGUAUAUUUCUGGUAAGGAUAUAUGAAUAUUUUUAGUUUGCAGGAAAGUUGAAGGUAGAACUAUUGAAUAUUGUAGGCAGAAAUAUUAAUGAAAAAAUAUUCCGCUUGUACCUCCGACUACAUGGAGAACAUAGUUUAGAAUUAUAGUUUUAGAAUUUUAUAUACUUAACUAUAAGUUAAUUUUAUGUUGUUCUCUUCAGAAUGGCAAGCCAGCUGGUGUCGGUGGAGGAGGCUCUCCAAACAGAACUACGUCCGGAACUGUUGUUACAUCAUUAAAAAUGAAUCCUGAAUUAAGAUUUCAAGCUGCUCAAUACAACACAGAUCCUGAUCCACGACUGGUAUACGAGUGCAACAUUAUAUACAGCCUAUUAACUCAUGCAUGCACCGGAUUAUUCAAUCCCAUUCUAGCAUGUUAGAAUAAAAAGUAAGGGCAACAUGCGAUCGCUAUUAACUAACAUGUCGUUUUAUUUCUAUAGCGAUACAAACCAAAUUAUUCCUAUGGCAAAGAACUAGGUAUGUUCUAUAGUGGUAAUAUUGCAAAUUAUACAUGAAUAAGACGCCUGCAUGCAUGGUGCAUCAUAUAACUCCGCAACAGAAGUCAUAAAAGUAUUUUGAAAUGCAUAUAGGAAUAAGACACUUAAUGGUCUGGUGUUACAGCAGUAGCAAUGCAAAUUUUUUUCCUCAGAUGCUCAAGUCAACGAAUCAACAAACAGAAGAAUUCUGGAGAAAAAGAAAGAAAAGGAAGAAGAUAUCAAAAUGGUAAAAAAGCGUUGAAAAUAGACUUCAUACAUGUAUUACUUUUUUUACGAUUUUUGAUUGGUAAACUCUCCAUGCAUGUAAAGUUUUCAGACCACAUUUUACAUACAUAAUACUCUAGAAACGAAUUUAAUAAGGGAAAUAUACCUUAAAGUCAGGUCUUGUUAACCCUAUAUAUAAUCUCAUUAAUAUAUAGAUUGAAACUAAUCCUUUUGGCAACCGUGAAGUCAACCAGAUCAAAAGAAAAGGUACUUUUGUUAAUUUUUAUCGGAAGCUGAUUGUAUAAGACUCUUAACUACUUUUUAUUUAUUACCCGUUUUGUAGGUCUUAAUCACAUAAUUAAGGAUUUAACGUCUACUAUUUUAAACGGUAGUUAAAGUUAAUCAUACAAAAAGAAACAGAUUCCGAAAAAUAAGGUCAUCUUGAAAUUCAAGAUAUGAAAUAAUUCAAGAUAUGACGAGUGUAUGUCGUCUUGUUUUAAUUCAUAUCUUGAAUUUCAAGAUGACCUUAUUUUUCGAAAUUUGUUUCUUUUUGUAUUUUCUUAAAUUGUCGGCUGGCCGUGGUUUUUGAAAGUUAAUCAUAGUUGGCUUUAUAAGUCACAUUAUCUCGAUGGGUAACAACCAGGAUUUCUAAAUUGAGAAUCGAAAUACGUUGCGAUACCCAAAAAGGAUAAUCAUUUGAGCCGGCCAUUAGUGCCUUAAUUUGAACCCUAGUCUAACCCCGAUUCUAACCUCUAACCCUAAUCUAAUCUUAAUCUGAUCAUAAUCUAACCUUAAUCUGACCCUAAUCUUAAUCUGAGCCUGACAAAUUUUUUUUAAUUUAAGGCUUGUGGUUUUGUGUUGGUUUGGAUGGCUCACAUUAUCAUCCUUAUUGGGUAUCGCCUGUAUUUCUCAAUUUAGAAAUCCUGGCUGUUACCUAUUUAGAUAAUGUGGCACGGGUGAUUUUAUACAAUCGGACUCAGAUCGUUAUAUAGUGAGAGAAAGUUUAAUACUCGUACAAAUGCCAUGCGCUCAUUCAUUAUUUUGCGUUUUUGCAGAUGCAACACAACCAGCAUCGUUAACAAAUGUAAGUUAAAGACUUAAAAGGAUACAGAAAUAUUCUUGUUGUUCCCAAAAAACGAUAUAAGCUCCGUAUACGCCAAUAAUGUGAAUUAUCUUGAAGAAGACAUAUGGUAGAAGACAUAUAAUAGAAGUGUGUUUUGGUUCACAAAAUGAUGAAUAAUGCUCGAUAUGAGCAUAUAGGAUUAUUUUGAACGCAGACUUCACCACUCCAUCCCUAACUGCCUAAGCCUAUUCAAACAACUUAACAUCAUUCCCAUAGACGAUAUCAUCCGUCAACACAUCCAUUUAAAAACCUUCAACUGCUUACACGAAAUCAAUCCACCUUGUUUCAACACGCUCUUAGAAAAGCCGAAACACCACUACUCUACAAGGACACUAUAUAACAAAACAACAACUUGUGUCUUCCCAAAACCAGAAUCAACGCGGGUAAACGAAGGUUUUCGUACCUGGCUCCUUCCUUGUGGAACAAAUUUCAAAACGUGGCAAAGAAACUCACCUCACGUAUAGCCUUUAAAAGGUUCUGUAAAGAACACUAUCAGAUCAAAUUAGCUAGGUCAACUGAACUAAACAUUCAAAGAUUAUAUUAGGAACUUUUAUAUUUUUUAAUUAAUUCUAGAUAUAUUUGUCGAUAGGUAUAGUUUCAAUUUUGUGUGAUUGUGAUGUAUGUCAGUUAAUGUCCGUAAUGUCUGCAUGUAAAUAAUGUAUUAAUGUGAUUUUAGAGGACCAGAUUGGAAACAAGCGGUAGCUUUAUCUGUUAAUCCUCGUUAAAUAAAGUGUUAUGUAGUAUUUAAAACACGAGAAGGAGUGUUUUAUCAUAUUUAAUAAAACGCGAGGUGCAGCCGAGCGUUUUAGAUAUGAUAAAACGCGAGUUCGAGUGUUUUGAAUAGCUUAAAAUACGACUACAAAAGAAUGCGAAUUAGGAUGAACAAUUAUAUAAUCAUACUAAUUAGGAUGAAUAAUUAUAUAAAGAAUACUAAUGAAGAUGAGUUUUAUCAGAUAUAAAGUCACUCCAUGUGACAUGUUAUGGCUGACAUGAUUCGCCACAAGGUUUAUGAAUUUUUAAUGAGUAUUUUAAUAUUAUAUCAUACAGAUAAAAGUAAAUAGUAGAGUUUUCCUCCAAAAGGUUGCCACUACAGCCUGUUCCAUCCAGGAGCCGCCUGAUGAUUCCUUUUGAAUGAAACAAGCUGUAGUGGCAACCUGUUGGGGGCAAAAGCAGUACUGAAGAUAACUGUCGAUGACAUAUACUCUUUGCAUGUCUUACAGGAAGGGACGUAUGACCCAUGGGGUAAAGGAUAUGGUGGAGUACCUGAGCGAAAAGAAAAUGGAAAGAUUAUGAGAAAUCGACAACAUCUAAAUGAUAAAUUCAAGGUCAAUGAAAAUAGAUGUCUUGUAGUCCUAUAAUCAUGCCUCCUAAAAUAAUGAUAAAGUUCACCAAAUCUAAUUUUUGUUUCAUGUAACAGAACGAACAUUCUUGGGAUAGUACUGAUGGUGUAUCCCUGCAAAAGGAGAAUGUUAAUCCAAGAAAGAAAACAACGCUAGCGAAGAACACUUGUGGACGUAAGUAUGUUAAACUAUCCUGCAUUUGCUGGCUUUUCACCGAAAUCGCCCACAAUUUUCUACGUAUUUAUAUAUAACUGAAAGAUUAUUGCCGAUGAUUAUCGUAUUGUAAAAGAACAAUUAUACAAAUAUACAACGAUCAAGUCGAGCAUUACUCUACUUUGAAAAUCACGUAUAGGCAUGCUUAAUUAAAACUGCGACACUGUAGAUGCCCAAAACAUUUGCAAUGUUGUUAAUUAAUUAAUUAAUUAAUUAAUUAAUUAAUUAAUUAAUAUGUUGUAUUUAAAAUAUAUAUAAUGAUGCAUGUAAACAAUAUGUUGAAACAAUGUUACAAUCAUGUUGUGACAAUGUUGUGAUAAUGAGAACAAAAGGGCAAUUUGUCAACUAGUCUCCCAGAGUGCAAGGUUUUGCUAGUUCCUGGGACCUCAGAAUUCAAACUUUUCCCAGGGAAGAAUGCACACAGAAUAACCAGAUCCCCUAGCCUACUAUGUAGGAUGAAAAUCACGAGGGCCCGAAAUUAUGUUUUGCUCCGGGUCGAUCCGCAUGUGUCUCUAGGUAGCCCUACUAAUUUUUGUCUAAACAACUUGGCCUUGGGUCUUAGUAUUCUUUUGCUAACAGUCCCUUUUCAUCUAUAGAUGAAUGUUUGUUCGUUUGCUUAUUUAUUUAAAUUACCCUGUCAUAUAAAACUUCUCGAACUUGUCUUUACUAGAAACUUAUAUUCAUGAAGUUAGUCCUAAAGGGAGCCCAUACAAUCCCUGGGGCAGACCCGGUGCUGGAGCUCCGUUAAAAGACAAACAAGGAAAUGUAAUGACGAAUACAACUGGAAAGUUAGCCAACGAUAACAUGGUAGGCUGGUGUAUUCAGAUUUCCCAAAUUCGAUUGGAUUUAGUCCCCCAUACUACACAGUGUACCGUAGCCUAGGAAACUUUUCUUUGCCUGGAACCUUGAUAAUACAGGUCCGGUGAUCGGACAAUAGCCUUGUUCCCUUGCACGAACUUUUUCCUUUUACACCUGAAUUUAGUAUUGUUGUUUCGAUCUCUUCUUUUGUCAUCCUAGAAUUGUGACAAAUUUGAAUAACGCUCAAGUAAAAAUUGAGUAACGCUCUGUACAGCCUGAAUUCUAUUUGGUCAUGGCUGUGAAAACAAUCUGGACACAUCUUGUCUUUUUCGUUUCUAUACAAAUCAUUCUUCUACUUAUCGCAAAAAGCAAUACACUAUUACACCACAUGCAAGCAAAUAACGGAAACAUGGUAUAACAACAGUUCUCUCCAUUUGUUUAAUAUUUGUUUUCUACAGGGAAGUUCAGCGCAGUUGAAAAGAGAUCCAGUAAGAAAGAAGGAGUAUCUGAAGAGUUUAGGUAAUGAGGAUUUCGCUUCAUGUAAAGCAACGCGUUACAAUAAUUAUUCCAAACUAGCACUCCAUUGUAGUACAAUGCGAUCUGCGGUCCUGCUAUUGAAAUUGUUUUGGACAUCUCAUGUGUAUAUCUAAGAUGGUUGAAGGGUCUUGUAGAUGGAAAUUAUCGAGUGGAAAUUUAUAUACAUUUAUUAGACCUAAUCAGGAACAGCUGCGAAAAAUACAUGCAACUAUAGGUCACUGGCAGGAGUCGAACCUGUGAUUCCGGUGCAGCGCUCUAACCAACUGAGCUACAGAGGCCAGUUGUCGAGCUCUAACCACAAGUUCAUGUAAGAUGAUGUUUUCUAAUAUUAUAGUGAAGUUUGAUUAUGCUGUGAACUUCACAACACUGUUUUGUUUAUUUCUAUUAGAGCAACAACAUCAGGAGUUAGAGGUUUUACGUGAAGAAGAACGAACCAACUAUAUGAAACCUGUAAGUUAGAUCAUGGAUUUGUAAGAAAAUUAUGGGUCGGCUGAGAUCAGUCUGCUAUCGCAGACUAUUGCAUGGGCAGCUGACUCCAUCCAAAACUUUCUAAUUGGGUGCAUUUUAAUCACCGUUUAUUUUUUUCAUAAUUCGGACAGGACAGAGUCGGUGUCGUAAAUUGGCUACGUCAAGGAAAAGUUGGCCAACCAAACUACGACUCUCAAACAAAGGAAAUCAGAGCUAACCCUAAAGCUACAUCUGAUGUCACUCGCGAGGUAUUUUAGGUUAAAUCUUUCGACAUGCUGAAACCUCCGACGGCUCCGUCUGCAUGUAUAUCAGUUCACUAGUGUACAGGGGCGUAGGAAGCACCUGGAGUUUGGGGGGGGCACCGGCUUGUAGGGGCACAUUACUAUCGGAAAGGGCACCUAAAAAAUUUUUCCCGGAAAUGUUGUCGACGGGGGGGGGAGAGAGAAAUUUCUCCUGAGGAAAAUUUUCCGUCGUAUCAUACCGAAAUUUAUGUUUGUGACCUAAUUUUUAAAAAAAAAUUGUAAAUUUCCACACAAAAACGACACCGAUUGUAUUAAUUUAGUAUUUACAGCGACAUUAGCUUCUACAAAAGGGGCACUUUUCCUCACAAAAAAGGGCACUUUUCAACACAAAAAGGGCACUUUUUAUCACAAAAAAGGGCACUUUUAGUCCUUUAAAAAAAUUGGGGGGGCACGUGCCCCCCGUGCCCCCCGCUUCCUACGCCCCUGCUAGUGUAUCGAAGCGUUGCAUGCAUGUCAGUUUUUAAAAUAAAUUUAUUCAAUCGGUUUGGGGAGUUUCAGACACAUUUGAAUCAACCGGUUUAUUGAUUCUUCAGACGAUUUGAUUAAACACAAGUUAAAUGGACAGUUAAGCCAGUGCCGUUAUUCCAUCAUUUAUUAAUUAUGUUUUAUUGCACAGAAACUUCAAAUUCGGCGGUUAAUAAACGACAACAGCAAAUGUUACUAUGACGAUUUGCAAGAAAUGGCCGAUGAGAGGAAUAGAAGAAGACAAAUAGACAGGGCAAAAGAACGAGAAUUAUCAUUUGAUGUAAGUUCACUUUUUUCGUUUUAGUAACGUUUUCCUUAAAACAAUGUAGAGUAACUGGUAUGAACCGAGUUUCACUGAAGUAUUCCAAAACCUUAUAUUGGAUAUAUACACUUUUUAUACCUAACCAUCAUAACAUAAAAUGAUAACUGCAGGGCCGUAGCGAGGGGGGGGGGUAUUGGGGGGUGGCUAACCCCCCCCCCCAACUUUUGUAGAAUUAACAUAUUCGGAAAAUCGGGUUGGCCAUUCGGAAAAUUACGGCAAUAAUAGUAUAUGCUUUUUGUACGAAAAUCAUGAGAUUCAGGCAAUUUAUAGCUAAUAAUUGACUUUUGGUAUGUCCGGAAAAAAUUUUUGACCCUUAAAAUGGUACACUGACCGAAAUUUUUUUGGCGACGGGGGGCAUGAAAUAUUCGGAAAUUUUCUUCGUCAUUCGGAAAUUUUUGGCCUACCCCCCAACUAUACAUGCUAGCUACGGCACUGUGAUAACUAUCAUAACAACUGCAAACGACUAAACCAUUUAAUCAAUUUUUCGACAAAAAACCAAAUGUUUCAUGAAUCAACAUCUUAGAGUGUUGUUUAAUACAGCCAGAGUCUCGCGAAUAGCGCCUGGUUUUGUAAAUAUUAACUUAGAUCAACGAAAAAGUUGUCAACUAAUCCAACAAACGUUUGGCCCAUGUCCUAUAAUAUGGUUUGAUUAAGUUUUUAACUUUUUAUCAAAAUAAAGUUAAUGAUGUUUUCAAUAUUUUACAGCAGAAUCGUUUCUUAGAUAAUUCGAUGUAAAAAAUGUUCGUGUUACUAAAUCAGAAAUACCUAUAUUGAAAUUAGAGGGAGGGGGAGGGGUAUAUGUGUGCAGUGAGGAUCCUCAAUAUGAUUCUUCAAUGCUGAAUAUCGUGCUAACAUUUUAUACUUUACUGUUAGCACAUCAAGACAAUGAACGACGUGUGGGGACGACCUGGUGGUGGUGCACCCAUGAUGAAACUUAAAGAUCAAAUUAUAUCACCAAGAAAACAUUCAGGUAAGUUUUAUUUUUCUUCCCAGCGAUCGGGAUUCAUUCCUGCAGUUGUUGUUGGCAGUCAUCUUAAAAAGAUACUUUCAAGUAACAUGUUUUCCCUGUUUUUGUAGAUGAACUUAUACCAACAGAGAGAUCAAUCUUCAGAUGAGAAAAUGUUAUUGCGGAGAUAAACAAUGCGCAGUUCCAGGCUAUAUCUCAAAUUUGUAUUCGAUGAACGUGUUUUAUAUUUUUAUAAA